AUGGUCUGCCGCACUCACUUAGUUGCUCUUGCCGCGCUCUUAGUAGCCGCAUUUGUCAAGCCAUGGGCAAUCUUAUUUGGGAUUUGCGCCAUACUUGGUAUGGUUUCUUUCUUUGCUUGCUUGAUUCUUAGGGUUACCAAAGGUUACAAUAACCCUGUUCCGAGGCCAGUAGGGAGCCCCUUGACAACAAUCUUUCGGGUUCUUUUCGCUGCUUUCUCCAAGAGCUUCUAUCCACGGCCACGUGAUAUGAACAACCUCUAUGAAGCAUCUGACCCUAACCAACAACUAUUGCCUCAUACAAAGAACCUCAGGUGUCUCGACAAGGCUGCUAUUGUGAAAGCAGGAACAACAUUAGAGCAACAAGAGGGGAAAAGAUGGAGGCUUUGCAAAGUAACAGAAGUAGAGCAAACGAAGAUAUUUAUACGCAAUAUCCCCAUUUGGAUGACCUUCAUUGUUUGUGGGAAUAUCAGUGAGGCAAGAACAAGAACAACAAAUUGGUUUCAAAGCACAUUGAACUCAAGCCGCUUAGACAAUUAUUACUGGGUGUUGGCUACAUUAGCCGCUAUGAAUCUUGUUAUGUAUGUUGUCAUGGCAUUCUUGUAUACAUAUACGGAAUCAAGAGUGCAGAUGGUGGAAGGAACAAUUACGGUCAUUGAUCAUCAUCUUUGA